AUGUUGGUUUGGCGCCUUGCAUCCCUUCUCUUCCCAAUCGUGGCGUCCGCGCAGCGCUUUGAGAUCAAUGUCGGCUCCGGUAUCGAUCCGGGCAUUUUUGGUCUCAUGCGAGAAGUGGACCAGGCGCAAAAAGCGGGGGACGAGGCGCGUUACCAAGAGUUGAAAGAAAAGCUCGACAACUUCCGAUCGGCAAAGGCCGACUUCUCCUGGACAUCGGAAUGUCGCGUGAGCGCCUACUUCGACGCCGAGAUCUUCACCGUGCCCGGCCCAUCGAGCGUUCCCAAGGAGAUUGAGUGGGCAUUUCCCAAGCUGGAUGAGUACUGGAGGACUGACGACGGCGGCGACUUGCCCUACCCCGGCGAUUUCAACCAGUUCAUGCAUAAGGAUGGGUUUCGGGUCAUCAUGGUCCAGUAUGACCAGCUCCCUCAGGCUGUCCGUGAAUGGCGAGAGAAGAAGUUGAAGGAAGGCGAUUCCAACGAACGUAAAUGGAUUGCCGUUGUUGAUGGCAUGGCUUUCUUUGCUCCCGGUGUCGUAACAUGGCUGCAGCCUCUGUUUGCAUCCAGGGAUGUCGUUGUGGGAAAGAAUGCAUGUGAAGACCAACUCACAGACUUUCAGAACUUCCGCGGAGGGCAGAAGCGUACGGAGGACGUAAAGUUCAUCACAGGCUUCAGCGGCUUGGCCGAGAUCGGAACGACACUUCGGGUUCAAGCCUUCGCUGAGAAACAAGUCAAGCAAUUGCCGGGUGGCAAAAAGGGAAAUGAGCACAACAACGAACUGUAA